UUACGUACAGUCUAGUUGAGACAAAACUGAGCUGUCCUGUCUGCUCUGUAGAGUUACAGUAAAAAACAAAUAUAUACUUAAAGAUGUCGGUGGUUAGUUUGGUCUUGAGUCGAAAUGUUUUGGCCAUUAGGAACUCUGGCAUGGUGGUGAUGGUACGGCAUGCUCAGACGGCCGCGGCCCCGGCCCCCGAACCCAGGAUCAAGAAGUUCCAGAUUUACCGCUGGGACCCAGACUCUGCUGGAAACAAACCACGAAUGCAGACAUACGACAUAGAUCUCAACAGCUGUGGUCCAAUGGUUCUGGAUGCCCUCAUUAAGAUCAAGAAUGAGGUUGACCCCACACUCACAUUCAGACGCUCCUGCCGUGAAGGUAUCUGCGGUUCAUGUGCCAUGAACAUAAAUGGAGGCAACACUCUGGCAUGCCUUAACAAAAUUGACACCAAAACCAGCAAACCGACCAAAAUCUACCCGCUGCCACACAUGUAUGUGGUCAAAGAUCUGGUGCCUGAUAUGAGCAACUUCUACGCACAGUACAAAUCCAUCGAGCCCUACCUGAAGAAGAAAGAUGAAGCACAAGAAGGGAAGGAGCAGUAUUACCAGUCAGUGGAGGACAGGCAAAAACUGGACGGCCUGUAUGAGUGCAUCCUCUGCGCCUGCUGCAGCACCAGCUGUCCCAGCUACUGGUGGAACGGAGACAAAUACCUGGGACCUGCUGUCCUAAUGCAGGCAUACCGGUGGAUGAUUGACUCCCGUGAUGAGUUCACUGAGGAGCGUCUGUCUAAACUUCAAGACCCUUUCUCUCUCUACCGCUGCCAUACUAUCAUGAACUGCACUAAGACGUGUCCAAAGGGUCUCAACCCAGGAAAGGCCAUUGCAGAGAUCAAGAAAAUGAUGGCGACCUACAAAGAGAAGAAAGCAGUAGCUUUAUGAACAAAUCAACAUCCAGCGGGCCUGAGAAUCACUGACAAAACAUUAAACUAAGCUAAGACGAUGACAAGGACCCACCCCGUUAUAUUUUGCCUACAUUAGCACAUUUGUAUCACUUUCAUGAGUGUGUAAAACAUGAGUUUGUGGAUAUGUGUAAGUGUGAGGUGAUAAGGCAGACCAAGACAGGAAUGUGUGUGAAAAGGGUUCUGCAAAGGACAGUUCAGCCAAAUAUUUUGGAAGGUUGCAACAUGUUGGACCACAUUUCUGCUAUUUAUCUGCAAAGUGAAAAUACUAAGCUAUGUUGUAUUUAUUCUAAGCAUGAAAAAUGUAUUGUAAAUAAUUAAUUAUGUGUUCAUUAAAGAUCAUUAUGGAAA